AGAGGUUAGCUUGUUGAGAGUUUCUCCGAGGGGCGAGGGGGCUAUUUAUUUAUAAAAAUGGCGGACCAAGUGCUGAGGGAAUUGGAGGCUGCUGCACAAGUUAUUUUAGCCCCGCCAAACCUUGUCAAUGCAGAGCAGCGGCAAUCAGCAGAGGCAGUAUUUUUGAAUUUCCGCAAGACAAAAUCACCUUACCAAUUAUGCAGGGAAAUCUUAGAGACAACUACAUUGGACUAUGUUCUGUUCGAAUCUGCUGGUGUCAUCAAGACUGCCUUGAUCAGAGAGUGGCCCACGCUUCAGCCAUCGGACAUUGCAUCGUUGAGGCAGUACUUGCUACACUACAUAAUCAGUAAGCCAACUCUGGCACCAUUUGUCAGAGAGAGGAUACUGCAAGUGAUUGCUAUUAUUAUAAAGAGAGGAAGCGUUGAAGAUUUGGGGGCACAGAGGAAGGAGAUCUUAAACGAAGUUGAAGGACUGAUCAUGAAUGGAGACUUGCCAAGACAAUUAUUGGGCUGCAGUAUAAUUUCAGCCAUGAUGCAAGAGUAUGCUACUACCAUUAAGUCUUCAGAUGUUGGACUAGCUUGGGAAAUACAUUUCAAAGCGAAAAAGCAAUUUGAAGUUACAUCUCUGAAGAGAAUAUUUAAAUUUUGUGUUCAAGCUCUUGGAGAAUUGACAAAGGCUGAUAUACCUGAAUCCAUUUUACCGCUGAUAAAGCAUUUGCUCUCUAUAUGUGAAAGUGUACUCAUGUGGGGCUUCAUCUACGUAAAUUUGCCCAAGAGAUUGAUUGGGGUAUUUGAAUCUGUUUAUGAGUCUGACAACAGCCCCACGCUUCGUUUGACAACCGCAUGGAGGGACGUCAUUCUGGAAUCAUCUGUCAUAGAGCUUUUCUUCACAUUGUACUGGAAAGUCAGAUCUAAUCCGCAAUUGGCGCAUCACGCGAGAAACUGUCUGGUUCAGUUAGCCAGCCUUAAUGGCGUUAUAAUGGCAUCCGACGAAGUAAAGAUGCAGUACUUGAAGACGUACAUGCAAAACUUUUUGAAGCUCCUGUCAAACAUUGAGAUAAUCGAUCAGGAGGCUAUUGGUAUAGCAAAUAUUUUCAAAAAGCUCAUUCUAUUUUUUGGAUCGGACAUCCUGGCCCUACAGGACAAUGCCGAGGAUAUGUUGAGGCAAUUUAUGGAACAAAUGACGCGACUGACCUGCAUGUUUGCUGAAGGCGCUUCCCAAGAAGAAUCCAUGUGCGUCGACGAUUGCAUGUACAUGGAGGCGUUCGAGAGUAUGCUGGAAACUUGGGUCUCGGGUAUAGUCGACAAACCAAUUUUCCCCAACGAGUUUUACAAGCAGAGCUCGGUGCAGAUCUUCAAUACCUAUCUCCAGUGCCACCUCUCACCGCCGGACGGAACGCGUGGCGCUGGUGGUAAGGAACUCAACAAUGAAGAGAUCGACGCCACCGAGGAAGACGAUCGCUCCAAAUUCAAGGAGCAACUUCAAACAAUCGGUCACUUUGGCCGACAGGUUCUCAAUCAUACUCUACCACUGCUUUCACGGCUGCUCGAGGAUCGUACCAACAAGCUCAAGGAACAACUCAAUCGACUCGUUGGCCAGCCUGAUUCCCUCAACAUCUCUGGGCUUACAUCGGUGGAAAGUCUUUACGAGGAUCUGCACUGGCUCGUACUUAUUGCCGGACACGUUCUUUGUAUGGAGUCUGAUGGAGAGACGCCUCUCGUCCCUGCGGAUAUUAUGCGUUACAGCUUGGAGCAGAGUCAGCAAGGCCAGAUGGACUUAAACGUGACGUUGCAGCUGCUAGCCUCCCCACAGAGCAACAUCGCAGAUGUAAACGGAGCCGAGCAGUCAGCCGACCACGUGAUCCGUCUCAUUGCCGCUGUCUUUAGAUUGAGCGAGGUCGCCAAGGUAGCCAUAAGCUACAACGCGGCCCAACACCUCUCUCCCGAACUCUGCAGCACAAUCAUCUGGUUCUUACACCGUUGGUCUCUAAGCUACCUCAUGCCUGAUCAAGGGCUCUAUGCUUGUCUUAGUUCGACUUUGAUGCAGGCUUUUGGCGAGAAUACACCCGGCUCCCAGUGGACCCUCAAUUUUCUCGUAGAAAAGAUCGAGUGCAAUCUCAAUGCGUUCAAGGGCGAGCCUUCUCUCAUCAAAGAGACCAUGAAGCUACUUCUCGUUCUUGUAAACACCGAUGUCAAAGCCAUGUGCCUGGUCAAGUCUGAGCGCUUCGGCAACCUUGUCGAGCUGGCAACAAAGCCCGAUUUACCGCAGGAGGCUAAGCGUGGCUUGAUGGGCUCCAUUGUCCGAGUUGGCCACGUCUUCACUGAUAGUGAGCGUACUCAGCAGUAUUUUCUUCAAAUACUUCAGCCCUUGCAGAACCGCUUUAAAGACAUUAUUUGUAACGCUGAAUUUCCGCGAAAUUAUCAUCAGGAGGAAGUUCGCGUUCAGAUUAUGGAUAUCCUAGAGUCUUGCGUGGGUAUUGCCCAACGCGUGACAAUGCAGACGAUCAUGCCCAUCUAUAAUUACCUGGGUAGCAUCCUCGCCGAGUUGCCUCGCCUAUUAACCCUCUACCACAAUUAUCAGCAAGUUGUCCAACUGAUAAUUGAGCUCUUCUCAGAAUGCGCUAAGAGCGUCUUGUUCUUUAUGGAUAAGCCUGAAGGCCUUAUAGAAAUUUAUAUGCACGUACUACAGGCUUACGCUGACUGCAAUCGAAACCGGCUGACUUCCGACACAACUGCCGAGGAAGAUGCCUUUCAGGAUAUCCUGCUGUUGAUGCAGAUGCUUACAAACUUGAUGAGUAGUAGCUUCUUCCCUAUGCUAUCAAACGACCCUCAAUGUCCACAGGGCCAUAUCCAAGUUUGCUUAUUUGGUAUCAACAUCGUUAUGCCCAUGAUGACAAUAGACCUGCUCAAAUUUCCAUCUCUGUGUCUACAGUAUUUUAAAAUGAUAACUUAUAUCUGCGAAUUUUACCCCGAAAGAGUCCUUGAUUUGCCGGCUGAUAAGCUGCAGCAACUACUGAUAUCUGUAGAGCUGGGCUUGUUUUCGUUUGGACACGAAGUAACUAUUCACUGCUGUGAUACACUUCAAGUGUUAGCUAAACACACUUACACAGAGAUUGAAAAAGGACGGCCGAGAAAUCAAAUCAUGGCUCCGUUCAUUAACAUAUUGAUGAAUCUCAUCAUAACACAUCAGAUCAACGCAGAUCUCAUUUCAAAAACUAGUGUACCCCUGUAUUAUCUGAUUUGCUGCUAUCAGGAGCAGUACCAGCAGCUUGUGCAAACCCUUAUAAGCGAGCAGGCAGACGCCGCGACUGCUCAGAGGCUAGCUGCCGCCUUCAAUGAACUCACCGCCAACGUUGACCUCAAUACGCAGCGCGUUAACAGGCUCAGGUUCCGCGAUAAUUUCGACAAAUUCAUUGUCAACGUCCAAGGCUUCCUUAUGGUGAAAUAAAGCGUCGAUCGUCUCAAGUGCUCACGGGAAAAACCCGGAACGGUAAUUCAUAAACUUUAUGGAGUGAACACGAUAAGUCUUCGCAAUAAACUGUUCGAUUCUGACGAAUGACGUCUUGCUCGUGCAGUUAAGCGCAAAUAUCGAAAAGCUGAUUAAUUAUUUGCAGAGUUUAUUGAUGAAUUUUAUUGUGAAACGAUUUUACCCUUUAUUUUUACUCGUCGAAGAGGUGGGAGUGAAUUCGCAAUAUCGAUGGACCUUUUCCCCAGUUUUAUCGGGAAUUGAGCAUUAUAAGUAUUGUUUGCAAGUAACUAUGGCAAACUGUUUUGCGAAAUAUAUUUUGAUAGCGUUUGAGUUUUUUAAAGAUUUGCUUUCCAAAGCCAGUGACCAAUGAGAUUACAUCAUUACGACGUCACAUUUUUAAUAUCAUGAAAGUUUAUCACUUAUUCGUAUACAUAUACUUUGUCUGUUUCGUAGACACUUUGAUACAGUGAAUACUGCAGUAACAGAAAUUUUCUUUUUCUUGAUUCUGGAGAGAUCAAACGCUUUUUAAAAACAUAGACAACGAUAUUUAACAGUAAAUAAUGACUGAAUUAAAAUAUUGUUAUGCACAUUUUUUAAAAUAAAUGUUCUGAGUGUCAAUGUUUACUGCUUACAUUUCAUUGCAGAUGUAUGUACUCUACAAUUAGAGCGUUACUCACAUUAUGCGAUAUAAAGUUUGAAUUAUUCAGUUCUUGACUGUUGCAUCUAUUCAAACAAAUUUGACGGUCUACUUCUACUCUAAUACAUUUAAAAUCUAAACAAAUUAAACGUUACAAUCAAAUUUAGAAAUUUAUGUAAUAUGGGUAUCGUAAUUUUCUCCACAUACUAAGUACUUGAUUACCCAUUCAGUAUGCAUAAACGAUAAUUUUGACGGCAUUGGAUUCCUUAUAAGAUUGAUUUAAAAAAUGGUCGUCCGACCUAACAACGAAUGAGUUUAUUUCAUCACGCUUAAAAGGGUUUCACAUAAACCUUGAAGAUAUUUCAAAUUUUGCAAGCACUUUAUCUUCCUAUAUAAAAAUCCAAUGAAAGUAUUUAAGUGCUAAGAAGCUUAAAAUUCAAUAUUUGAAUUUAAGUGCAAUUUUUCUAUUUCGCACGUUGCAUCUUUACUAAAAAGAUAUUUUUAAAAGUUCGAACAACGAUUCUGACAGACUGGCAGCUUUUUGCCAUCAAUUCAUUAAUCAAUUAAUCGUAUAUGCGCGGUACAUGUUGUUGCAAGCUUUUGAGACUUCAAAUCAAUUGAAAUCGACAUUUGUAUUUUCCAGUAAUGUAACAGGUAUACAAAAUGCAAGGAAUUGCUAGUCUUCGUUGUACCAAUUUACAAAGAAGCGAGUUCACUCCCCGCUCGAUUUGUGUGGUUGUCCGUCAAUCGAUCGACGACGAAACCAAUAUUUCGUUCUCGAUACCAAAUGUAAAUCGUAUAUGUAAAAUAAGAGUGAAAAAGCGAGCCAAAUAGAAUUAUUGAUUCUCGCCUGCCGGAGAAUCGCGAUGACAUAUUAAACACAUUACACAAACACUUACACGAAAAUAUACUUACGAUGUAUAUUGACUAGUCAAACCUGUGAUCUUCGGAGAUGUGCGCGAGAAAUCGAGCUUGAGAUUUGAAAAAAUUUUCUCAUUUCUGAGCAGGAAAUUCUUUGGCUCUUUUUUAAUUCGCAUCAAAGAUUUCUUUCACAAUAUUAGUGCUAAAGAAAAUAUCUGAUCUAUCUCAUUGAAGUAUUGGAAAACAGGUAUUGGUAUUCUGCGGAUCGACUAAUAUGUCCGACUCGAGGAACAAAAUUGUGAACUUUUUGCAUGAUUUCAUCGUGAAAGUAACAUUUUCCUACUAUGUACAAAAUUUUAUUGAAACAUUUUCUAUUCUUGACUAAGUAACUGUUUGAACAGAAAAUUCAAAAUGUGCGACACAUCAUUCAAGCGAAAACUCAAGCGCGACUUUUUCCCGCGUCGUCGUAAUGCACAACACAACGCUCUCCCCUAUUUCUACUUUGAUCGCUUGUAAUAAUAAUAAUAUUAUAAAUAAUAAUUGUAAUGAUAAAUAGGUGCUCAGCGUUAAGGCGGACGCGACUUUUGCGCGACCGCGAGCAGCAAAAGUAAAAGUGUAAAGCAAAAUGAAAAGCGAUGAAGAAGAAGCUAUGUCUGUUUGUAAAUAAAGUAAAGCACCGGGCAGUUCCGAGGAGAUAUGAAAAGCUUACAACUAUUUUCUUAAAAAUAUUGUAUGUCGUAAGUUUAAUGAAUCUUGUGCGAAUCUAUGAAAAUAUUAACUGCGAUAACAAUAAUGAUGUAACCAGCGAGAAAACCUACAGUUAUUUUGCGUUAAUACUUUUAUUUUUAAUACAACUGAUUCACGAUAAAAAUUUGAUAUUUUUGACUAUGACGAUAAUGAUGACUUUUGGUUUGUUAAAUUUGAAACGUUUCUCUCGCUAAAUCAUUCAAUAUUCUUUAUUUACAUUUUAAAAAUUUGUUUCUAUAGUAUGAUAACUAAAGAUUCGCAAAGUCUGAAAUAAUAUUAGACCGCGUAAACGAAAUAUAAUUAUAAACAGAGUUUUUCAAAAUUUGAAAUUGUGACUGUUAUUAUUAUAUGUACAUGUAUGUAUACAUGUGAAUCUAAGAUCUCUGACGUUUUUCUGUUUUCUUCUUUUUAUAAGUUUAAAGGAAAGAGGAGGUAGUGUAUAUGAUAGAGAUAUAUUUGUGUACGCGCAUAUUUCUUUCGGCGCGUAUGAAUAAAUUAUGAUUUGACGUUGACACUGGCGUCGCACAUACUUUGUAAGAUAUAUUGUAACAGAGGAAGGAAACAUUGUAUUGUUAUGCUCGACGAGGCUGCGUGUUUUUCAUUUUAUUUCUAAUAUCGAGGCCGAGAAAAGUUAAAAAAUAAAAAAAUGUAUCUUUUUUGCACUGAACACGAUGAAUUUUACAUAUUUUUUUAAAGGAUCAAUAUGGAAGUCGAGAUAGACCGAUGAUAUAUUUUGCAACGAUUUCGUUGGUUGUCAUUUUGAACAAUAAAUAUUUGCGCAGCCUUGCGAUCAAUGCCGGCGUUUUAUUUAAAGAUUUGUUUUGUGGAUUUUGAUGAUGCCCAGAUUGUUUGCAUGAAUCGUGUUUUUGCAUUUUCUUGUCGGGCUUUGUUUGUUCUGCGUUUGUUACGUUCGCAAUUUUGUCGAAUGAAAAUAAAAACGCAACGAUCGUCGUGUCGAUAGUUUUUAGUAAAUCAUUAUAUUUUAAUUUAAAAUGUAUUUUCCAUUUUUCAUCCCUCUUUGAUUGCGUAAGAUAUUCUCUUACGCAUACCUUACCCUUUCCGCACUCGUUUAUCCUCUCCAUAUGUAUACACUUUCAGAUUUGUCAUUUACAUCUGUGUGUACGUGUACAAAAUGCAUAUAAGUAUAAAUAUCUGUUGUAUAUCGAGAGAAGGAGUAUAUAUUUCGGUGUUGGUGCACGUGAUUCCUGAGCCAACCCGAGCGAAUUAUAAGUACAUAAAACUCGAGCUGUCGCCCAAACGUCAUGGACUUCGUUUUCCCGUCUACAGUUUCGUCGCUAUGCUAUUUACGCUCAGGAGAAAAAUCAAAAGUUCAAGGAGUAAUUGUAAUAGAAAACGUGACGACGCAACGGUUAAACAGACGGGACAAUGAAAGUGCCGAGACGUGUUCGAGCGCCGUCGAGGGAAAAAAAA